AUGGACAAUGUCCAGUCACUGAUUCAUCAGAGAAAACAAUCUCCUUUGAAGGAACUGCAUGAUGUGAUCUCUCAUAAUAUUAAUUUGGGAGCUGAGGUGGAAUAUGAUGAGGGCAAGAACAAAUUCAAUGAAAGUGAAGAAGAGGUUUCAGUGGAACAGGUUUUUAGUAAUGCGGUCAAAGAAGCUGGCAUCUCACCAAGAUCUAGACAGAAAGGCUCCAAGAAAGGAAAGAAACAAGUAAUCACAGAUACUAUUCCUAUAAGAGUGGUACCAAGGAGAGGUUCUUUAAUGGAGCCUUUUCAACACUUUAGGCAUAUUCAAGGAUUUAGAAGGAGAUUAGGCAUGACAUAUGCCCAUUACAACUGCAAUGGUAAAAUAUGGUUCUUUGUAAAUGAUAAUGUGGAUGUGGAGAUCCUGCAGGAUCUACAACAACAGAUUACUAUAAAGUUGUUUUUCCAAGAGUGGAAUAAGUCACUUAUGGUAACUAUGGUCUAUGCAAAGUGUGAUCAUCUGGAAAGAAUAAGUUUAUGGGAUAGUUUGUAUAGUUUGGAUGAUCAAAUGGAAUUGCCUUGGGCAGGUAGUGACUGUAUUUUCAAAAGAUUGGAUAGAAUGAUUGCAAACUCUAAACUACAAGAUUGGUUUGCACAUAUGGAGGUGCAACAUUUAUCCAGAACUGGCUCAGACCAUGCUCAUUUGCUACUUACAUGUGCUGAAUCUUCACAUCACAUAAGGAAGCCUUUCAGAUUUCUAAAAUUCUGGACAGAACAUGAAUCCUUCUUAGAGGUAGUUAAUCAGGCAUGGAUCACAGAUUUUGAAGGGGAUGAUUUUAUCAGAUUCAAGUUGAAAUUGAAGAAUGUGAAAUCUGCCUUAUCUGCUUGGAGUAAGGCAACUUUUGGUGAUAUUUUCAAGCAACUAACAGUAAGGGAAGAGGUGGUGAGAAUUAAAGAGCAAUGUUUUGAAGAAGAUCCUACUCCUAUGAACAGGAUGGUCCUACAGCAAGCACAAGCAGCAUUGAAAAAGUAUGUUCAUUAUGAGGAAGAAUUUUGGAGACAAAAGUCACAUAUGACUAGUUUUGCUGAGGGUGACAGGAAUACAAGGUACUUUCAUAGUAUUGUGAAUGGGAGGAGAAAGAGAUUGCAGAUCAGAAGAAUUCUGAAUCAACAAGGAGUAUGGAUAGAAGGGGAGUCACUUUUGGCAGAAGAAGCUUGUAGAUUUUACCAACAGCAGUUCUCCCAAGAGGUUGAUCCUUUAGAUUUUCAAUUGCUACAAUAUGUUCCUAGUAUGGUGGAUCAGGAUACUAAUAAUCAGCUGGUGUGUUGGGACAUUGUUGGUGCUGAUGUAUACAAUCUUGUGAAAGCAUUUUUUGAUGGCCAAACUCUUCCUAAGUCACUCACACAUACCAACCUGGUACUGUUACCAAAGAAGAACAACAUUGAGACCUUUGCUGAUAUGAGACCAAUCAGUCUCAGCAACUUCAUCAACAAGGUUAUUUCUAAAGUGGUUCAGGAUAAGCUGGAGGGCAUUCUACCUUCACUGAUAUCUCCUAACCAAUCUGGAAUUGUUAAGGGCAGAUGUAUCAUUGAAAAGGUCCUUCUAACUCAAGAAGUUGUGACUGACAUUAGAUUAAGAGGAAAACCAGCUGAUGUUGUACUUAAGCUUGACUUGGCUAAAGCAUAUGAUAGAGUAUCAUGGAGUUACUUGAUCAAAGUUUUAAGGAAGAUGGGAUUUGCAGAAAUUUUCAUAGAUAUGGUGUGGAGGCUGAUAGCAAAUAAUUGGUACUCCAUACUCCUUAAUGAUCAAGCUCAUGCUUUCUUUCAUUCCACCAGGGGUGUAAAACAAGGAGAUCCUCUUUCUCCUGCUUUGUUCAUCUUAUCUGCUGAAGUUUUAUCUAGAGCAUUGAAUUCUUCAUUUGAGAAUAAUGACUUUAAAAGUUAUGGAAUGCCCAAAUGGAGUGCCAAUCUGAACCAUCUGGCAUAUGCAAAUGACACAAUAAUUUUUUCAUCUGCAUAUGAGUUAAUUAUGGAGGUACUACAUGCAUAUGAGCAGGUAUCGGGCCAACUUAUAAAUAAAGGCAAGAGCUCAUUCCAUGUACACAGUAAGGUGUCUAUUGGGCUGAUACAACAGGUGGAGACUAUUACUGGUUUUAAAAGAGGCACUUUUCCUUUUACAUAUUUGGGUUGUCCUGUCACAUAUUCAAGGAAAAGGAAGGCUGAUUACAAUGAUCUAAUCAAGAAAGUCAAGAAUAGGCUGCAGACUUGGAAAGGAAGAUUGCUAUCAUUUGGAGGAAAAUCUGUUCUAAUCAAUAAUGUAUUAAUGAGUAUGCCAAUACAUUUGUUGUUAGCCAUCAAACCUCCAAAAUGUGUUAUCAAUGAUAUGCACAAAAUCUUCUCAAGAUUCUUCUGGAAUAAUAGUGAGGAAGGCAGAAGAAGACACUGGUCAUCAUGGCUAAACUUGUGUAAGCCAAAAGAGGAAGGGGGAGUAGGCUUUAGAUCUUUGUUUGAUGUAUCUAAAGCCUUAUGUGCAAAACUUUGGUGGAAAUUCAGGACAACAAAUACUCUAUGGGCAAACUACAUGUGGAUCAAAUAUUGCAAAAGGCACAGUCCUCAGACUGUGCAGUGGAAAGGAGGUUCUCAAGUAUGGAAGGCUAUGAUAGAGGCUAGAGAUAAUAUAGAGCAAGAAAUAUGGUGGGAACCAAGGAGUGGAACUGCAAAUGUAUGGUUUGACAACUGGACAAAGCUAGGGGCACUAUAUCACAUUAUUCCAGAUGAUUUUGGAAUAGAUGAGGGUGUUCAAGAUGUAAAAGAACUUAUGUUGCAUGUUGGUUGGAAUAUAGGAAAAUUGCAGCAGUUGUUUCCUAUGGAUAUUGUGGAUCAUAUAUUGGAAGAAUUGCACUUUCAUGAACCAAAAGAUGAGUGGGAUAUGCCAAGAUGGAUGAUCACAGCAUCAGGCAAGUUUACUGUAGGCACUGCAUGGGAAUUACUGAGGAGUAAAGCAGUCAAGUCAGAUGUUUUUAAGAAUAUAUGGAUAUCAGGGGUGCCUUUUAAGAUAUCUUUCUUUUUCUGGAGGUUGUGGAAGUACAAAAUAUUAGUUGGAGAGGAAAUGUUGCCACAAAAGUUUGGACUUAUGUUAAAACUGUUGUUGGCAUCACAGCACAGUUUCAACAAGUCAGGCAGCUCCUUCAAAUCUGGUGGAAUACAGAUUGUCCCUCAAAGUUCAGAACCAUUUUUAAAGCUAUUCCAAUGGUCACCAUGUGGCAGAUAUGGAAGUGGAGGAAUACAGUCCUAUAUGGAGGGAGGAUAUCCAUCAACAAAAAAUGCAGUAGGUGAUUUCCAGUAUGCAGCAGCAAGAAGGAUAUCAGAUGGUUCAAAUUUGAUAGCAGAAGCAAGGGCACUACAUGAGGGGCUUAAGUACUGUGUUACACACAGUCUGUUACCAGUGGUGUUGAAAACAGAUUCAAUGACUAUGAAGAUGAUCUUAACUGGUGAUCAUCUUUUUCAGAGUUUUACUUCACUUCCUAUGAAAGAAAGGAAAAUUCUAAAUACAAAGAAGUCACAUAUACCAUACAUGAGGAUCAGGCUAGCUAAGGACCAUCACAUCCCUGGAGAUUAA